AUCUUCUUUAAAUCAAACAAACCUAUGUGCGCUAUUAAAAACUGAAAACGCUGGAAUGGCACCGACGGAGUCCCGGCUAAAUGUAGACACUCUGAGUAAAAGAGAUGUGCUGCUCCUCUUCAGUGUGUUGGAGGGAGAGUUGGAAGCUCGAGACGUUGUCAUCCAGGCGCUCAGGACUCAGUGCAGAGACACAUUCAUUUUGGAGCGCUACGGAAGGUUUGACCUGAGCGAUCCAUUUUUGGCCCUGCAGAGGGACAGUGAUGCUCUUCAGGACUCUUCUCAGGGCAGAGGAGAUGGGACCAAUUCUACACAAAGGCGAGAGGCCAACACCAGACGCUCUGAUCCCCUCACCAUGCUAAGGCUGGUGGUGGGUCACUGCAGGAGAAUGCAGGAAAAGAUGCUGAAACAGCUUGCAGCUGCCGAGAGCAGACACAAGAGGGUCAUUGCAGAUUUGGAGGAGGAGAAGAGAAGGCAUGCUAAGGACACAGCAGAGGGAGAUGAUGUCACAUGUAUCUUAGAGAAGGAGCGAGAGCGCCUCUUACAUCAGUUGGAGUUUGAAAAAUCAAAGUUCUCCCGCUUGGAGAAGGAGAACAAGAAAAUCCAGGCUCAGUUGGAGGAUGAGCGGCUACAGCAUAAGCAGUUGAUGGUGGCGCUGGGGCGAGAGUGCAAGCGCUCAGGCUCACGCGCCCACGAGGAGGCACAGCGUGCCAACGGGCUCACCCUUCGUCUGGAGCAUCAGCGUUCUGUCAAUCAAAGCCUGCAGGCAGAACUCGAAGAGCAAAAGAAGCAUGCCAUGCAGAUGGAAGCCAGGAGGGAGGAGCUGCUUGCUGAGUUUGAUACAGAGAGGGAGCAGCUCAGUCUGAGGCUCAGAAGAGAAGAGGCACGGAGCAGUGCUCUCCAGGAGGAGGUGGAUAAGCUAAGGGGAGAGAUACGAGAGUUCAGGGGAGAAGAGGAACGAGGUAGUGGGUGCAACCAGGUGGGAAACGGUUUUGUUAAUGGUGGGACGGAAAAAUCUGAUAAGUGUGAGCUUACGACGAAUGGUCAUCAUGCUCCUGUAGAAGACGGAGGCUGUAAUGACUUCCAAACAAGCUCUGACCAAAAUGCACUGACCAAUGGGAGUUCAUCACCAUCUGAUCUAAAUACUGACAGCAGGGCAAACUCCCCUUCCAGCAUACAAGCAGCCUACCAGGCCGGAAUCCAGCAGCGUUUCCAUGCAGUGCGUCACAGGUUUCAGUCCACCACCGAACAAGACCCUCAGCCCGGCUCCCCUCUUUCUCAUUCUCCUCGGGAUUUAUCACCCUGUGCCAUCACAGGUCCUUCAGGAGAAGCCAGCAACUCCAAACAGGCAGCCCGCAUCACAGUGACACAGGCACUGAGCCGAUUAGGCACCAAAACAUCCCCCACUCCAAAUGGCUCACCCUUUGGAACAGACUAUCGCUCAGUGGCCCCAUCUGGAGCUCUGUCACCUGGAAUUCGCUCUCCCAUAAUUCCCAGGGCAGAGAGGGGCAUCCCUCCUCCGAUUCCUCCAAAGAAACCAGGUCUGGCCGAGACCCCACCUUCCCCUGCCACCCUUCGAGCUGCCCACAUUGCUCAAAUAUCAGUGGGAUGUGGCCGUAAAAGUGCCGAAAACACCAAAGAAACGGACCUGCUGUUGUCCUCCCGCAGAUGCACACCUGAUAACUCCAAAACAAUCGCACAGACGAUAUCAUGAGGUCUGUAGUGACACCAGGAUUUGGGAUAAUUUCACUUGCAAGGGCCAUGAGGAGAUAUCCCUUGUGUAGAGCACACAUACAGGCAGGUAGCAUCACCGAGGCUUAUACAUGGGUCUCAGCUGUGGUGGGCUGAAGUGUUAGUCCACUGCACCACCUAUGUACCCCACAAAAAGAUUCAUUCAGACACCUUUGCUCACCUGUUAAGCUUCUGUGAGUUGGCAAUAUCGGACGCUUAAAGACUGUAAACAUCUAACACGCAGUAAACAUAACAAAUGUACAGCCUUACUAUUUACUGAUACUUUGCUUGUAACUGUGUGUGAUGUGACUAUUGUACACAAUCUUCAACCAGUAACAGGCGCCUCAUUUAUAAAGAUGUGCAUAUA